AUGGACACAUUGCCAUCAGAGACCCUUAUCCGCAUUUUCGAGCACUUUGAAUGCACAAUCCCCUUUGACAACUGGGAGCAGGGCUACAUUGCCGAAAUUGAAUGUCCACCGCCAAAGGACCUGAUCGCGCUCUCGAAAGUGUGCCGCCGGUUUCGCGAUGUCUCCCGCCCCCUCAUCUACCGCACAGUCGCAUUUCAGUGGCGCGAGGACAAGUAUGAGGAGAAGAUAAUAGAGGCAUUCAUGCGCACGUUAUGCGAUGAUCCUCAUAUCGGGCACAUCAUUCGAGACUUCCACGUGGAUCACUGGAGAGCCUGGAAUCUUGAGGCAACGGAGAUUGCCCGCAAACUUCUAGCCACACCUGAGAAUCUGGAUGAGAGGCAACAUAGAUGGCUGCAGCGAUGGCUGGCGGCGGGAAGAGACUGGCCCAAUGAUGAUUUCUUGUUUGUUCUUCUCAUUCUCACCCCCAACCUGCGCAUGCUCGAUUGCGGACAGACGACAGCGGACGGGGGGAUUGGAGCUUAUCUUAGCGGAAGGCGGGAUGUUGAAGAUCAUUUCUUCGAGAAGAUGCUGCCCAAAGACUCCUCAUCUGGAAAGAUGCUUUCCGAGGACGAGGAUAUUGGUGAUGAUGAUGAUGGCGACGAGGACGAUGGUGGUGAGUCCGACUCUGAUUCUGAGAACAAAGAUGGGGAUGGCGAGGCCGCAAGUAUCAUGCCGAGCGAAGAAACUACGCAUAGACAUGUUGUGCCACAUGGCCACCCCUUUUCAAAGCUUAAGGAAGUACGCUUCAGGCACGAUUACGGCAAUGGCUUCGAUAGCGCUUCAGAGAUCGAAGGCGUGCUUUUACAUCCUGGAAUCGAGACUCUUCGGCUCUUUGGCUUCACCUGGGCAAAAGAAGAUGUCAAGAGGAUGCAGUGGAGCAAUAUUCCGAGCAGCCUCACGUCUCUGCAGAUGAAAUCUUCCAUUGUUGAUGCUGCGGGUCUGAAAGACAUUCUCAGCCGGUGCAGACAGCUUCGAAAUCUUCACAUUGUCUUGGCUGUUAUUGGCAGGAUGGACUCAGACUAUCAGGGCGAAGAGAUCGAUUUUGGUAAGAUGGGAGCUUUGUUAAGAAAGUAUGGGCAGCGCCUCGAGACGUUUGAUUUCGAGACUAGCGGUUUCAGAGGCUACUUCGCGCCGGACGGCCAUCUAGGAUCCUUGAAAAACCUGAGAGCACUGAGACAACUCAAGGUGAGCAGUGAAGAUCUCGAGGACUUUUCGGGUGGUGAUGAGGAUGAACUGGCAGCCAGCUUGAGAAAUGUUCUGCCUCCACGACUGGAAUCAAUCCACAUCCGCGCCUCCGAAGGGCGGGGUGGUGACGGGGUCCCUCGUGCACUUCUCAAGGACAAAUCCUUUACUUCACUACGUAUAGUUGAAGUAGAGGCUUUUGAUCGAAGUGAUCCUGGGAAUAUAGUAGUGCCGGGAUGGAGAAAGUUUGAGAGGGUCGACUUGAUCAAUAGGGAUGAGACUGAAGAGGGAGAGCUACAUUCGAUUACCAUCGUGAUCUUUUUGCGAGAUGGAUAA